ACUGUUGGCGUUGAUGCUGUGCUGGGUCGAAGUGUGACGUUGCCGUGUGACAUCGAACCUACGACCCCUGUAGAUCGUGUAUAUAUGGUGCUGUGGUUUCGAGACAGCGCUGGUAAACCUCUCUACAGCUUUGAUGUAAGAGGCCGCCCGUUUACCAAGGCGCUGUACUGGUCGGACAGUAAUGCUUUCGGUCCCCGGGCUUACUUUGUGACGGGUUCAAAACCGGCGGGUCUGACGCUAGAAUCGGUACAGUUAGACGACGAGGGCAUCUAUCGGUGUCGCGUCGACUUCAAGAACUCGCCUACAAGAAACUUCCAGAUCAACCUCACCGUCAUCGUUCCUCCACACCAGUUGCUCAUCUAUGAAAAUUCGGGACGUGAUGUGAGCACGCCCGUUGUUGGCCCACUUACUGAGGGCAGCGACCUCGUCCUGACGUGUGAGGUGAGAGGAGGGAAGCCAACGCCUACGGUGUCGUGGUUUGUGAAUGAUAAACUGGUUGACGGCCUUCUGGAGACGACAAGUCGUCACGCUGUUGUCGUAAACAGACUAGAGGUCUCACAUGUGACCAGAGAACACCUCAACACCACCUACAAGUGUCAGGCGAGCAACACCAAACUCAUGUUACCUGCAGAGAAGACAGUUCGGCUGGAGUUAUACCUUAAGCCGUUAUCGGUUCGGCUUUUGUCGAAACCGGAAGUACUGACAGCAGGAGCACAGUACAAUAUCACGUGUGAGGCGGUAGGUUCACGUCCUCAGGCGAAGAUUUCGUGGCACCGAGGGAAAGAGGAGUUCCAAAGAGGAGAGUUUGAGGAGUCAAGUAACGAAACCGUGGUAAUGAGCACCUUAACCUUCAUCCCGGAACCAGACGACGAUGCGCAUGUGCUCAAGUGUAGAGCGGAAAACCCCAUGAUUUCCGGUUCCGGCCUGGAAGAUUCUCUGAACCUCAAUGUGGUCUACCCGCCGCAGGUGACGCUCCAGUUAGGCAACAAGCUCAACCCUGACACCAUCAAGGAGAAUGACGACGUGUACUUCGAGUGCAACAUCCGAGCCAACCCCAAGAAAUACAAAAUCACGUGGUUACACAAUAACUCAUCAGUAACGCAGAACAUGUCAUCCGGGGUGAUCCUGAGUACGCAGAGUCUGGUUCUGCAGGGAGUUACCCGGCAUAACGGCGGUAGCUAUACGUGUCUUGCUGCUAACUCGAAAGGGGAAACCUCCAGCAAACCAGUUAACCUCAGGGUGCAAUUUGCUCCAGUUUGCAAGAGUGACGAUGUUACCGUAGUAGGAGCUUCGCUGGACGAAGCUCUGAGGGUCCGAUGUCACGUGACAGCUGAUCCUGGUGACGUCACUUUCGUGUGGCAAUUCAACAACAGUGGAGAGAGUUUUGAAGUAGAGCAGACCCGCAUCGGUACGGGAAAUGGGAGCACCAGCGAUCUAUCCUAUACUCCCAAGUCAGAAAGGGAUUAUGGGACACUAGCAUGCUGGGGUCGCAACGCCAUUGGUCGACAGGCGGAGCCUUGUAUUUUUCAGAUAGUCCCCGCAGCUAAACCAGGCCCAUUGCGGAAUUGUACGUUGCGGGCAGCGACGAACCAGAGUAGCGACGCCCUGGAGGUGGAGUGCGUUGCCGGGUACGACGGCGGUUUGCCGCAGCGCUUCGUGCUAGAAGCAUACGAAUCUCGCACAAUGCGGUUACGCCUCAACGUGAGUUCCGACUCGCCUCUCUUCCGACUUGACCUCAACGAUCUGCUGCCAGCACACACCCCCACCCUGCACAUCGUUCUGUACGCCUCGAACCCCAAGGGGCGUAGCGAGGUCGCAAUGCUGGAAGACAUCGCGCUCAAAGACGCCGAGAAAAGAACUGAGUCCGUUUCGGGUGAGGGAGGCGUCGGUUUGAGCAUAGUGCCUCUGGCAGCACUGUUAACUGGUGCGGUGUUCACACUGGGGAUCGCAGUCCUACUAGUCGCCGUGCUGGCGGUGAGAAGACGCAGAGACCCUCACCAUCACCACCUUCAUCAUGGUGCUUCCCACCAGAUGGAGCUCGAGGCAGUGAAGCAACAGAAGGUUCCUCCUACCGGAGGGUUGCAGCCAGCGUCUAGACAGAACUCUCUGCUGGAGAUCAACCAUGGCGAGCAUCGCUACGUCGUAUCAUACACACUCAAGUCAGCCGCUGAUUGUGGUCAGCAGCAGCAACAGUCACAGCAGCAGCAGCCGUCGGAAAGGCAGCCCGAUAUAUUGAACACUCCGCGAGCGACGGAAGCAAUGGCGACGGAUGCGCCUCUACAGAGACCGGAAGUUUUGUUCCCAGUAUCAAGAGACAGUCUGAUGGAUCCUAACAGACGCCUCUCUGGGAUUCCGGCUACCUUUCAGAUGUCUCCGGGACUGACAUCACCAGAAUAUCCAUCUAGCCCUGCCACGACCCCACCCCCACUACCACCCUCCAGGAGUAAACUGGCUGACAAGAUUCCACUGUCUUCUAGUGCAACGAAUAUGUACACUUCGAACGGAACAGUGAGGAAGGACCAUAUCAUAUCCAAUUCAAUACCUGGGCCUGAAAGUUGUGUAUGAAGAAGAUAUAAAUGUCAGGAAAUUUUCUAUUUGUUGCAUUUUAACAAUGUUGUGACAAGAAGCCAGCAUAUCUGAAAUGGGAACACUGUAAAGAUGAAUUAUGGAUAUUUUAUACCAUGUCAGAGAAUAUUUAAAUAAAAGGGCCUACUUUAGUAAAUGUGUAAGAUAUUGAAAUUUUAUAUUGAAAAUAAAUAAAUAACCCGAAUUUAUAAAACGCUUUGUUCCCCGGACAAUAGAAUUAAAAUACAAAUAGGGGGCCAAAAGUUGUACAUUACUUUGAGGAAGUAAUAUUUCAGAAAAAAAAUGUUUUCAAAUUUGAAAGGACAAUGGAUAAGAAAAGUAAUCAGAACUAGUUGUCAUGCUGUGGACAUUGAUGUGACCUAUGUGUGUCAAUUAUGAGAUUGUUUUGUGUAACUCAAAACUGCUACAAUGAUGCUAUCUGUGGACAACUAUACGAAGCUUAAUGGUAAGUGAUGAUGUGAACAAAUCGACGAGCGUCCAGAUUAAAUGUACGUUGUGUAACAAUUAAGAAAAUAAAAUUCAUAAAAAUGA